AUGUCUGUUCAAGAAACACCAACUAAGGGUGCCAAAGCUGCUCUCUCUAACCUAGACAUUAACUUAUCCAAGAAGGAUUUGACCUCUGUACUCCAAGCAGCUGCUGAUCAGAAAGAGAAGGUGAAUGCGCCAGUGAAGGAAGAGAGCAAGCUUGACGACGACCACAAGGCAUUUCUUGCUAAGCACAAGGUCCACCGCCACAAGUUGAAGGAGAUGGAGAAGGAUGAACCACUCUUAGUUGAGAAUAAACGUCGUUUUGUGCUCUUCCCUUUGAAGUACCACGAUAUCUGGCAAAUGUACAAGCAGGCCGAAGCUUCCUUUUGGACUGCUGAGGAAAUAGACCUGGGUAAGGAUUUGCAUGACUGGAAUAAUCGUAUGAACGAUAAUGAAAAAUUCUUCAUCUCGAGAGUCCUUGCCUUCUUUGCUGCCUCUGACGGUAUUGUCAAUGAAAACUUGGUGGAAAAUUUCAGUGCUGAGGUUCAACUUCCCGAAGCAAAAUGCUUUUACGGUUUCCAGAUCAUGAUGGAGAACAUUCACUCCGAGACUUACUCCUUGCUGAUUGAUACUUACAUCAAAGAUCCAAAAGAGUCUGAAUUCCUGUUCAAUGCCAUCGAGACCAUUCCAUGUAUCAAAGAAAAGGCUGACUGGGCCAUGAGAUGGAUUUCUGAUGACGAUGCAUUGUUCGCUGAACGUUUGGUUGCCUUCGCUGCUGUUGAGGGUAUCUUCUUUUCAGGAUCUUUUGCUUCUAUCUUCUGGUUGAAGAAGAGAGGUCUCAUGCCAGGUUUGACCUUCUCCAAUGAGCUUAUUUGCAGAGACGAGGGAUUACACACUGACUUUGCUUGCUUGCUAUUUUCUCAUUUAAACAAUAGAGCCAGUGAGGAAAUCGUUGAAAAGAUUAUCACAGAGGCUGUCGAGAUCGAAAAAAGGUACUUCACAGACGCUCUUCCUGUCUCCUUACUGGGGAUGAACUGCAGCUUGAUGUGCCAGUAUGUUGAGUUCGUUGCUGACAGACUACUGGUAGCUCUGGGCAACAAAAAGGUGUACAACGUCAACAAUCCAUUUGACUUCAUGGAGAACAUUUCUUUGGCCGGUAAAACCAACUUCUUCGAAAAGAGAGUUUCUGAUUACCAAAAGGCAGGUGUCAUGGCUUCUACAGACAAAACUUCUAAUGAUGAUGCCUUUGCCUUUGAUGAGGAUUUCUAG